AUGACAUCACUCUUCACGCCCAAGAUCCUCAUAGAGGCCGUAUCCGAGGUUCUCUUGGCCAACGCCGACGUUCAAGCCUUCCCAAGCACAUGCCAGUGGCCACCGGAAGUCACCAAGCUCCACUCAAUCCGGGCGCCGGAUCGCCGACCUAAUUCCCAAAAUGACACCACCGACGUUAUCCGCCAUCAGCUGUAUACUACAGCUGAAAACGUCAAAUUUUGCACUGAUGCCAAGUACUACUUUGUACUCGGCGCCAUUCACAGUGAUCCCGCACAUGACGGGCUAAUCCGCGCAAUUGCAGACGCAGGUAAUGAUAUCCUGGUCGCCGAUUACUGCGAGGUAGCGGAUGAAGCAACCCUAAAGGUACUACAGCAGACUGGCGCAGCCGCAGUAGCAUUCUUCAAGCUCUGCGUGCUCUCGGGGUUCUUCUCCGAAUGGGCAUUCGACAACAUGAUGGCUUCAAUGCUGCAUUUCCGUGUCCUCGGAUACUACCGCGACCAUGUACGGGGCCGUUUACCGGCAGGUGUUUACGGAAGCCGGAUGACCAGCCUGACGGCUCAUCGGUACGUCGAUCUAGGGCUGUUCUUCGCUGUGGCGUCUGCCUCGGUGUGGACGAAGCAGCAAGUCAAUGAGACAGAGUACACGUUGUUGAGUAUCGCCUGCACGCUAAUCAAUGACCUGGUGGACCUCCGCAGCGAUACCGCGCGGAAGCAGCGCGAGAAUGUUGUCUUACGCGGCGUACGAGGGAAUCUGUGCGAAUACUUGGACCGGGUAAUGUUCGAGUGUCUCGAGACGGCUACGCUUGCCGUUCAGAUGAAUCCGACGUGCGCGUAUGUCUUAAUGGCAUUUUGUAAUUGGGCUGUGAUGAGCUCGCAUCAUAAGGUGUAUGAGGUAAGUACGCAGGUCUCUGAGGUUGGGAAGGAUGCCGAAUGUUUGGGUCGGUCGAGGGACCAUUGGCGGGCGUAUAGGGGGUUGCUAGAGGCGUUGGCUCCGUUUGGGACUUUAGGUAAGGAGAGUCCUCGGGUAGGGCAGACGCGGGCGGAGUUGGAUUUCCGGUAUGGAGCAUGUCGGUCUUCGUCUACGAUGCAUGCGGCAUGGUUGGCGGAUAUCACGAGAAGUCUUUUGGAGCCGCGGACUUUGAGGAGGAUUGUGGAUGUAGUGCAUUUUGAGUGGACGGGGUGUGAGGGGGAGGUGGAAUAUUGCCCGUGA